GGUGUUCAAGCCACUUCCGGAUGUGUUAAAGACGCGUGAGUGAUAUCUAGGUCACACUGGUGGUGCAGCUGGAGUGUAUGUAAACAUUUUUUAUCUAUUUUUAAACGGAAUUUCUGGAUGCUGUGUGACCAGCCAUCAUGUCUUCUACUACAGCCACUGAUGGCACGAUACAGACACUUAAGAUUGUGGUUGUUGGCGGCGGCGGUGUCGGCAAAAGUGCCAUCACUAUACAGUUUAUUCAGUCCUGUUUUGUACAGGAGUAUGACCCAACCAUUGAGGAUUCCUACACCAAACAGUGCGUCAUUGACAAUGUAGUAGCUAAGCUUGACAUUCUGGAUACAGCAGGUCAAGAUGAGUUUAAUGCAAUGAAGGAACAGUACAUGAGAACUGGAGAUGGAUUUUUGCUGGUAUUCAGCCUGACUAGUAGGACAAGUUUUGAGGAAAUUGUCAGGUUUCAUCGGCAAAUACUCAGAGUAAAAGAUCGAGACGAGUACCCAAUGAUCCUGGUUGCUAACAAGGCAGACUUAAUUAACCAACGAGUUGUGUGUGGGGAAGAAGCCCAAGAGCUUGGCAAACAGUUAAAAGUCGAUGUCAUUGAAGCAAGUGCCAAGACUAGGAUGAAUGUAGAUCAAGCAUUUCAUCAACUUGUUAGAACAAUAAGAAAAUUCCAAGCUGAAGAGAACCCACCUAUGCUGCGAACAUCCAGUAAAAGAGAAAAGAAACCUUGCUGCACACUUCUGUAACAUGGUAAGAUGUCAAGAUGAGGCAAUAAAUUCUACAUGGAAUAAAGGGUUCUGUUCUACAUGUACGUGUAUUGUAGAUACACAGUGCUGUGGUCAAUAAUACUGCUGUACCAUGUCUUAUUCAUAACCUACUACUAAGGAAUAAGUUUCACCUUCCAUCAAUGGUUUCAACAAAACAAAGAACUUUAGAUUUCAUGUGAUUUGGUGAGAUGUUGCAUGUGUGUUUUAAAAUCUUUCACCAGUCAGGCAGUGAAAGCAUAUUGUUAUCUACUGCUGUUUUCUUAUCCUGUUUAUGACCCACUCUGCGUAAGUCACAAUGCGCCAGAGCCAUUUAUAAGCCAUGUAAGUCUCAAUUCCGACGUUUCCAGAUGGAACUCUUGUUUCUUAGUAGCAGGUCAUGAGUUUUAACCGUUUUCUUGCCAUAUGGAGUAAUGAUUGUUUUGGGUAAUGACUUUAUCACAAGUUUGCGUUCAACAAAUAAUGUGACGUUUGAAAAAUUGAAAGUUGAAUGGAAAAGUGUUUUUGAAAAAAUGUUUGAAAUUCUGAACAAAAUUUAUGAAAAGUCUGCUGACUGCAUUUUGUGUGCUAAAUGGCUAUAGUAUUGAUGAUGAAAACCCAUGGGGCCCAAAAUGGUGAAACCCUGGCAUGUGACAAGUUAUACACGCAAAUGACACAGUGUUCGAGGAAGACACAUGUAGAGUUGAGGACACCUAGCUGUCAUAAGCUAUUCCUGAGCCCCAUGUGCCAGGAGGACUUCUGUUAUCAGUGUCUCUCUGUUCCAAUGUUGAGGGGGGGGUACUUGAAGUCAUAAAGCUGUAAGUGAUGAACUCACAGCACACAAACAAUGUCAGUUUGACAGUGGGUUGUAUAUAUACAUGUAUACUCUACAUGUCUAUCUGUUAAAGGCUUCUUACACACACAAUUGUACUGUGGAAACUGGGAUCCAAAACACACUGUAUUGAUCAAAGAAAGUUUUCAGCCUGUAGCGUUGGGAUUAAUUUUUUACUUAAUAUACUUUGAUGAGUGCUUAAGCUUUUUGCAGGUUGCACUUUUUGACAGGUGCUCUAAUUAAAAAACAAGCAGUUUGACAACAAAGCUCAUAUGAUUAACUUCCAAGUAUAAAGAUAAAACUGCAGCAAAAUGCCCCAUCUGCUAUGUUAGGUCAUCGUGACAAAUCUGGAGUAACUUUCAAACUGCUACUUCGUGAAAAAGCAGUAAAGUUAAUACAUUGUCAUAUUAAGAGACUGUCUACUUGUCAGCUGCAUGCAAAAUUGGUCUUCCUAUAUAUAUGUACAUAUCGGGGGAAUGUUUUGUAAUCCAAAUACAUGUACUAACAUAAUCGUGACUACAAUACUCUGAAUGCAUACAUGUAUUUGGUUUUUAUGUUACGCAUCUGACACAUGACUCAACAAAGAAUGUGCAGGUCUUUGAGAGAUGAAAUUUCUUCUGGAAAAUGCAAAAUCACAUUGUUUAAUUGGCUUCCACUUACAUUCAAAUUGGAACAAGAUAUUAUGUACAUGCACAUGUAUGUAAGAGCAAGGAAGUCAUGUCCGUCCCACAAUGCUUUGUUCAUAGUAUUAACGGGUCAAAAUUUCCUGUUUGUUUUUCUUUCUCAUCUGAAAAUCAAACUACAUGUACAUGUACGUGGCUUGUUUGUAAUGUACACUUUUCAUCUUUAGUUCAUAAGUUAUAAUGUUUAGACUGAACUGAUACUGGUACAGGGUUGUAUUCCAUUUCCCUGAAUUAAAGGUGACUGAACUUUAUUGCCUGUUCAUGAAUACCUAGGACAGUUGGAGCAUUCUUAUUGGUUGAAAGUCCACCAUGUGGGUGCCUUUCAACUGUUAGUAAAAUGCUGCUGAUUGCCAUUACAUUAUGCAUUGUGGAGGCACACUGCAUUCCAGUCUCCAUGUUAGGAAAUGUAUUGUCCAUGUUAAAGACUUGGUCCAUACACGUGAUUUUCAGGGGUUGUAUUUCACAGUACAGGAAGUAAAUGGUUGAACAAAAUAAUUGGAAAGUUGUCAAUUCUUGAGCUGUGUUGGCUUUUUUACCAGUAAGGUAUAGUUUAGAACAGUUUAAAACUUGAAAUUUAUAACUGGCAAUGGUCUGGUUUCUAAUGGCAGUCUUUGUCUUUUCCCUUGGGUUCUUAUCAGUGACCUGGCUUCAUUGUAAAGCGUACCUAAUCAUGGUAUAGUUCACUGUCUUAUAUCAGUUUGUUUUCCAGUGUCAUAUGAGCAACAUGAUUUGUUAUCAAGCUAUUUGAUGUACAUGUACUCUUGCUUUUUCGCCUGCAGUCAUACAGAAUUCUGUCUCAACAUAAUAUAAACAGGUGCUUUUUGUUAAUAAUGUGAAUGUGCUGUGCAUGGGAGCAUGUGGCUUUUUAUGAGUGGGUGAGGAUGUCAAAUGUUGUCUUAGAGCACAGGUGACACCUCUAACCAAUCCUUAAAUGGAAUGAAAGAUGGUUUUGCUAUGGCGAUCAUUGCAUCAUCUUUUUUGGUUUGAAGACCUGAGGAAGGGCGACAUUACAGUGCCAUGUCUAUACUCCCCUGAACUAAUUUGAGUGAAACAUUUUAUUACAAAAAAUAGGUUUAUGUUUAAUUUCUACCGUGAAAAGGUUUCAUUGUUCAACUAUGCAUGAAGUAGGAUUUCUACUGUCGUAUUUGUGUGCAUGAGUGUUGUAUAGAGGAGCUUUCUUAGAUUAAAUGGAAAUUUUGGAACCCAUGUCAUUUCAAGAGCCAACUACUUUUACCAUCAUUAUUUUAAAAGCUUCAUUGAUAGGGUCUAUUUUUUCUUCCUGUUGUAUGGAAAAAAGUAAUUAAACUUCUCUGAGCACCCCUCACCAUCAGGAGUCUCCCUCUGGGGGCAAGAGGGGGGUUGGAUGGCAGAAUACAGGCAUCAAGUUUCCUUCAUAAUUCUACAAUUUUCUUUGUUUUGAAAUGUUCUGUCAGAAGGUAGGGGGUGGCCUCCCCCCGAACAUUCCUGCCUACUUCCCUGGCAUUUAAAUUGAGUUUGUUGUGAAAAUUGUGGGUAAGAUACAAAUGAAGGAUUGUGAAGUUCUUCAAUUGUUUACAGUUGAUAGAUGACUUAAUUUCUCACAUCGGAUAGCAGUAGGCUGCAUUGAAAAUGUGAAUAGGAAUAUUGAGAUAAUAAACAAUUAUAGCCUUACGUUUAACCGGUGCGGAUACUAUUUUACCCUUUUGUUUCAUCCUUUAUAUGCUUGAAACAAAGUCUUAUCUUAAUGUUUAGAUUAAUGGUAUUAUUGCCAAAUGUUGUAAAUCAAGUAUUGUUUACUUUUUUAAUGAACAUUAGAAAUGUCAAAAAUAUAUGCAUUGUAUGAACAAAUUUGUAAAGUUAAAGUCUCAACAAUAUGCUUCCAAACACACAAUAUAAAAUAUUUUAUGGAAUUUGCCUUGGUAUUUUUGCACUUUCUUUUUCUAAAUGGAAUUUCUUAAUAGGCCAGCUCUAUGCUUACAUGUAAGUAGGUGUGUAGAUUGGAAUGGUUUAGGAUAACAGAGGAUGAAAUUUUGUUUGUCAAGAUGAAGUUAGGUUACCUCGACCAAUGUAAAGAGUAGUGCUGUAGUUUUGCUAGAGAUUCGAUGGAUAGCUAUUAGGUUUUCCGAUCUUAUAGUUAGCUGUAAGUUUCCAAAAGAUGUGUAGAUGUAAUUUAAUUUAUAAUAAAUAGCUAUCAUUGUUGGAACUACAACAAAUGAAAUGUCAUAUUAUAUUCAAGAUAAAUAAAUAGUGCUUUUAACAUUUAGUCCCUAAAA